AUGUUGGUGUUGCAGGAGCCAGGUCUCAGCUGGUUGGUGUCUUCCAUACCUGCUGGCUGCUUUGCUUUGCUGCAGGAGUUCAGCGUGACCGAGCUACUGCUUUUAAGCAAAAGAAAGCAAAGAUCCAGAAUCUUACCACAGUGGUACAGCCCCAGUAUUGACCUCACAGCAGAUGCGACUACUAGUAAUGCCGGUGUCAGUAGUGCAGACUCGAGGCAACAAGAAGAUGACAGCAGCUUCUCACUGAUAACCUGGAAUGUUGAUGGCCUGGAUCCAGGAAAUCUAAAGGAACGAGCUAGAGGAAUCUGUUCUUACCUAGCACUAUACAGUCCAGAUGUGGUGUUUUUACAAGAGGUCAUCCCACCACAUCUCUGUCUUCUACAGAUGAGAGCAAGCAGUUACACUAUUAUUCCAGGUAACAUAGAUGGCUAUUUCACUGCCAUAAUGUUGAAGAAAUCAAGAGUGAAACUACUGAAACAAGAGAUAAUACCUUUUCCAACAACCUCCAUGAUGAGGAACCUUUUGGUUGUGCAUGUGAGCGUAUCUGGUAAUGAACUUUGCCUGAUGACCUCUCAUCUGGAGAGCACUAAAAAUCACUCUAAGGAGCGUAUGAAGCAACUGCAAAUAGUUUUAAACAGAAUGCAGGAGGAAUCUGAGUCCACCACUGUUAUAUUUGGAGGGGAUACAAACCUCAGAGACAGCGAGGUUACUAAACUAGGUAGCUUACCCAACAACAUUACAGAUAUCUGGGAGUUUUUGGGUAAACCUCAACACUGCCGCUAUACUUGGGACACCCACUCCAACACCAACCUGGAUGCAGGGUACAAGUGCAAGAUGAGGUUUGACCGUGUUUACUUUCGGCCUGCCGCGGACGGGGGACAUAUUAUUCCACGAAGUAUGGACUUAAUUGGAUUGGAAAAAUUAGACUGUGGCAGAUUCCCUAGUGAUCACUGGGGUCUUCUGUGUAGCUUUGAUGUGAUAUUAUAAAAAAAGAAGAAAGGCUUGCAUUGUUAGUUCUUAGGUGAGGUGAUCUGUCUUGUUUUUACAAAAUUUAACCCUCUGAGUUCAAGUUUUAAAUUUUCAACCCUAACGCAUUCUCUGCUCUUGACUUAAGCUGGAAUGACUUCAUUUCAAGCCAGGGUUCCUGUUCCUCGUUGUGUGCAUCUGUUCUUGAAUCACAUUUUUUAAAUAUUUAUUUUUAACAAUGUAUGCAAAUACAAAAACAAAUUCUAGUUUUAAAAUGGGAGGAAAAACCUGUAAAUACAAUUCAUAAACAUACUUGGUGGUUUAAGAGACACUUAUUUUGGCAUGUAAUAUAA